GUGCCCGUGCGGCGUCCGGGGCGUCCGUGUUGUUGGGGUCCUCGGGCCGCUGCCUCUGGGCGUCUGGGCCGCGGGAGCGCGGACCGGCAGUGCCGGCGACUCCGCUCCGGGAGCGGGUGUCCGGCGAGAGCCCACCGCCGCGCUGCGAGGGCGCCUCUCCCCGCUCUCCGUGUCGGGGCGAGGGCGCGCCCCGGGGUCUCUGUGUCAGAGCCCAACGCCACGAAGCGGGCUCCGGCCCCGGGGGCCAGUCACCUCCCGGGAGGGUCGCACAGGGACGUAGGUUUUGGCAGAGGAACUGGGCAGGGGCACCGGCUUUGGCCGCGGUAGCCCUCGCUCCAGGAAGCGCUGUCUGUACGUGAACCUUCCCCCAGGGGCCCGGAGUCGGCAGGGGAGCCUGGGGCGGCUGUCGCUUCUGUGCCCGUUUGGGUGGGUCGCGCCCGCGCUGUUAGCGGGGAAGCCCAGGCUGGCCCCAGGCGGCAGCGCGUUGUUUCAGACGGGGCGGCAGGGGCGCCCCCAGUACCGCUUCCUCGGGUCACGCCCGUGCUGCCCCUGGAGAGCCGUGGUUUCCACUCUCCUCCCAGACGUGCUGCCCGCGGUCCGCGAGAGCCGUGAGCUCUGCCUGAGCCGACCCCUUGGGGCGAGCCGCCGUCCUGUCGCGUCCGGGCGAGCCGCAGUCUGUCCGCGUUUGUGCUUGGAGUCACCUCAGCAGCCCCCACGGCUCGUGCUGGCCGCCCCCCCACGUUCUCCUGCGGGGCUGGUCUGCUUUCUGGCUUUGUUGUCCCGCGUGUGUGGCGUCUGGCCCCUUCCUGUGUGUUUCCACCUUCAGAGUCAUCUCUACGCCCGGCCUGAGAUCAGGAGCCACCCGGUCCACCGGCAGAGGUGGCCAGGUGCCCUAAAGUCCACCUCUUCUUGCUGACCUUUCUCCCCGGACUUCCUUCUGGUCCUUUGGCAGGUGGUUCUGCACGCGCACUUUUCUGGCUUUGUGUGGACCCUGCUGUAGUGGCGCGGUGCGUGGCAUAAACAUCUGCUGGCCGCGUGCAAACAGGACUUGCUUUGGUGCCGUCUGGUGUAGGGCGUGGAGAUGGCGCCCACCCUGCUGCGAGAGGACUACUGAUUGCGCGUGUCUUUUCCCUCACAACCCCGUGAACUGACCUGCUUGAGGCAAGAUUAUUCUUAUCUGUCCCGGUGUCUGCGCUGGGUCCUCCUCCUCCUCCCUUAAGCUCCAGAGCCUUUCUGGACACCCCCCGCUUACGUCCCUCCCUCUCCUCUCAGGGACCCACAGACACUUCCGUGAGGGAGGCAUCAGCUCUGGCUGCGUUCACAGAUCCCCUCCACCUGUCCCCCGGUGGUUACCGAUCCUACUCUCCCCUUGCUCGGCUUUUCCGAGCCAGUGCCUGGGAUGACGAUGAUGUGUUUACAGAGUGUUCCGAACGGGCUGCGCCAGUGUUAGCGGCCAGCUCAGUCGCUCAGGGCCGCGAGCCUGGGAACUUGGUCUCGGUGUUAACCCAUCUUUACGGGGGAGGGGGCAGGCGCGGGGAAUGUGAUCAGCUCGGCCGAGGUCGGAGACCCAGUCCUGAGAGUACAGAGAGGAACAUUCCCGGCAGCACUUCCUCGUAGCCCCACGAAGCUGCCCGGCUGCCGGUCAGUGCCCUGGGCCCAUCCGUUCUGGGGGGCUGUGCGCGGCCGAGAGUGAACUCUGACUGUCGGUGCGCCAGCAGAACAAAGGCAGCGGGACGAAGCAGCCGGACGGCUUGCUCUGCAUGUAGAAGGACAAAGCAGACUUGAUCCAUCCGUGGUGAUGGGGCUGCGAGGGGCUGGGGAGCAGAGGGGCCUCCGGGCGACAGCGCCCUGUCUGUGUGUGGGGGCAGUCCUGCAGUGCGCAGCCUUGGUGAAAGCUGGAGUCACGUGCUCCCGUUGGUGCCUUUUUCUUCUCACACUUCUGUAGCAUUUUGACAGGAAAAACAAAAGCUACUAAAAAGGAAGUAGUUACUUAGUCUGGGAAGUGAGGGAAGAUUUUUCUGAGAAGUCAGAGCGUAUUAAGUUGAAAUCUGAAGCAUGAUGAGGAAGGGUCUACCUUGUCAAAAGGUGGGGGUGGGCUCCGAGCAGAGGCACAUGGCUGCCUUGAGCUGUGGGGGACUCGAAGAAGACCACAGUCGAGGAGCACGGGGGUGUCUACGCGUGUGCUGGUGUGUGCACAGGCCAAAAGAAUGUUUGAAGGCGAGAUGGCAAGUUUGACUGCCAUCCUGAGAACGGACACCGUGAGAGUGCCCAAGCCCAUCAGGGUCCUGGACGGCCCGGGAGGCAGCAGCCUGCUGGUGAUGGAGCACGUGGACAUGCGGUACCUGAGCAGCCAUGCUGCCAAGCUCGGAACUCAGCUCGCAGACCUACACCUAGACAACAAGAGGCGUGGGGAGGCCCUCCAGAAGGAGGCCAGCACUGUGGGGAAAGGAGCCGGGCAGGUGGUGCAGCCCUUCGUGGACCAGUUUGGGUUUGACGUGGUGACGUGCUGUGGGUACCUCCCCCAGGUGAACGAGUGGCAGGAGGACUGGGUUGCCUUCUACGCCCGGCAGCGCAUUCAGCCCCAGAUGGACAUGGUAGAGCAGGGGUCUGGGGACAGAGAGGCCCGGGAACUCUGGUCUGCUCUGCAGCUAAAGAUCCCUGACCUGUUUCGCGACCUGGACAUCGUCCCAGCCCUGCUGCAUGGAGACCUCUGGGGAGGAAACGUAGCCGAGGACUCCUCAGGGCCCAUCAUCUUCGACCCGGCCUCUUUCUACGGCCACUCAGAGUAUGAGCUGGCGAUAGCCGGCAUGUUUGGGGGCUUCAGCCCCUCCUUCUACUCCGCCUACCACCGCGCGGUCCCCAGGGCCCCGGGGUUUGAGGCUCGCCAGCAGCUCUACCAGCUUUUUCACUACUUGAACCACUGGAACCAUUUUGGGUCGGGGUACAGAGGGUCGUCGCUGAGCAUCAUGAGGAAUCUCACCCAGUGAGCGUCCCUGCUUCGGACGGGUGCCAGGUCCCAGCCCGACGCCUGCGGCCAGCGCCUCCUGCUGCCCCCAGUCCUGUCCGGCAGGGCUGCUUCCCCGGGUCUUCACACUAACCUUUUGCUCCACGGCUGGGUAAAACCACGCUGGGGUGGGUGUGGGUCCCCUCGCGUGGGCCCCGUGGAAACACUUGCCCGGAGGCUGAGCCGGAACUGGCCGGCGUGCCGGCUGCUGCUGAGCCCGUGUUCCUCGGCAGCCCCUCCCGUCUCCUCUCCGGAGCGACUCUGAUGUGGGGAAGAUGCCUCCUGGUGGGUUGGACGUGGGGGUAGACAUGAAACCAGUACCACGGUCGGCUUCUCGCGGCCGGUUUCGCUGAGCUCAUUCCCUUCCUUUCCGGGCCCGCUCUGCACCCAGCCACAGGCCGAGCAGCCUGGAAGCUCGUUCUGGGCGUGACCAAACUGCGGGUCCUGGGUAAGCUGAGGAGCCACUGAGUCCCUCCUGUCAGCACCCCAUCUUGCCUGCCCUCCUAAAGCUCGUGAGCUGCUCCUUUGUGUAAAAGCGCUAACCCUGCGCGGGACUGUUCUGAUUGCCAUCGAGGCUAAGAACGCCUUUUGCAUAAACAUUUGAAUAAACUUUCUCUGAUUUCA